UAUAUUUUCCUUUUCCCCAACAUGAAAAUUUAUUAUAAAUAAAAUAUUUUCCAUUAGUUGUUUUAGUGGGGACUAACAGUUAAUUAAUAAUUGAUUAACAUCUCAUUCAAGAUCGAGGCAAACCAUUUCAGCAGAUUACUUUUCAUUAACAACAGCUGCAAGAACCUUGAACCAGAUUGAAAAUAUUUUGAUAAAGGAAAAGAAACAGUACCCACACCACUCUCACGAAAAUACCGAUAAAACAACUAUAAUAGCGCUUAAUGUAUGCAAAUAUCCAUUAGGUUGAGUAUUACCUAGUGCGACUCGAGGAAUAUCUAAUUUAUUGUCGUUAUUUUAAUCAAACGGUGAGGUUAAGGUUCAGUGUUUGAUCUGUUUUUUAAUUUUUCCAGUGUUACGUGACAAAGCGUCGGGACACCAUGGAAGGCGGACCAAAUCCUUUUAACAACUACCGGAAAACAUUACAAGUAGCAGGAAAAUCUUAUCAAUAUUAUGACAUCGCUCAACUACAUCCAAAUUAUGAUCAACUACCCUACUCUAUGAGAAUUCUAUUAGAAUCAGCUGUCAGAAACUGCGAUAACUUUACUAUUAAAGAAGCCGAUGUUCAAAACAUUUUAAAUUGGAAAGAAAAUCAAGAUGUCGAGGGCGGUAUUGAAAUCCCUUUUAAACCGGCGAGAGUUAUAUUACAGGAUCUUACCGGUGUACCCGCCGUAGUCGAUUUCGCAGUUAUGAGGGACAAAGUCAAGGAAUUGGGAGGAGAUCCUAAAAAAAUUAAUCCAAGAUGUCCCGCUGAUUUGGUUAUUGAUCAUUCUAUUCAGGUCGACUUUGUAAGAUCGGCUGAUGCCUUAGAAAAAAAUCAAGAUCUGGAGUUUGAACGAAACCAUGAAAGAUUUACAUUUUUAAAGUGGGGUGCAAAAGCCUUCGAUAACAUGCUCAUCGUUCCACCGGGUAGCGGUAUCGUCCAUCAGGUCAACUUGGAGUAUUUAGCCAGGGUUGUUUUUACUGAAAAUUCCCUUUUAUAUCCUGAUACUGUGGUUGGUACAGAUUCCCACACUACCAUGAUCAACGGUUUGGGUAUUGUAGGUUGGGGAGUAGGCGGUAUUGAAGCAGAGGCUGUUAUGCUGGGACAGUCUAUCACUAUGUUGUUGCCUAAAGUUGUUGGUUACAAGUUAUAUGGAGAAUUGAACGAAUAUGCUACUUCUACUGAUCUUGUCCUUACAAUUACAAAGCAUCUACGUCAGUUGGGAGUAGUGGGAAAAUUCGUUGAAUUUUAUGGUCCAGGUGUCGCUGCUUUGUCUUUAGCCGAUAGAGCCACCAUUGCAAAUAUGUGUCCCGAAUAUGGAGCUACUGUAGGGCAUUUCCCCGUCGAUUCCAACUCUUUGGAUUACUUAAGGCAGACAAAUCGCUCCGAGGAACAAAUUCAGGUCAUAGAGUCUUACCUAAGAGCUACCAAACAACUCAGAAAUUAUACACAGGAAUCUACUGAUCCAGUUUUUAGUCAGACCGUUGGAUUGGAUUUGUCGACUGUCGUUUCCUCUGUCAGCGGACCCAAGAGACCCAAUGACAGAGUUUCAGUAGUUGAUAUGAAGAGGGAUUUCGCAGAAUGCUUGUCCAAUAAGAUCGGAUUCAAAGGUUUCGGGCUAAAACCAGAAAAACUCAACGCAGUUGGAAAAUUCAUGUUUGAUGGUAAACAAUAUGAGUUACGCCACGGCAGCGUUGUCAUUGCAGCAAUCACUUCGUGUACUAACACAAGCAACCCAAGUGUUAUGUUAGGAGCUGGCAUGUUGGCUAAGAAUGCAGUUGCUGCUGGUUUGAGCGUCGCUCCAUACAUCAAGACCAGUUUGUCUCCUGGAUCCGGAGUCGUUACUUACUAUCUUAAUGAAUCGGGGGUUAUUCCUCCACUUGAAAAGUUAGGAUUUGACAUUGUAGGUUAUGGUUGUAUGACUUGUAUCGGCAACAGUGGUGGAAUCGACGAAAAUCUAGUAAAUGCCAUCGAACACAACGAACUAGUCUGUUGUGGUGUCCUUUCAGGAAAUCGAAACUUUGAAGGACGUAUCCAUCCUAAUACUAGAGCCAAUUAUUUAGCCAGUCCUUUAUUGGUAAUCGCGUACGCUAUCGCAGGCAGAGUAGAUAUAGAUUUCGAAACUGAACCAUUAGGUCAAAGACCAGAUGGUUCAAAUGUAUUCUUGAGGGAUAUUUGGCCCACUAGAAAGGAAAUUCAUGCUGUCGAACAAAAACAUGUUAUUCCUGCUAUGUUUAAGGAAGUCUACGCAAAAAUUCAACUUGGAUCUACAAACUGGCAAAAACUCGAGGCUCCUGAGGCAAUGGUAUAUCCUUGGGAUACUUCUUCCACCUAUAUUAAGAAACCUCCAUUCUUUGAUGGUAUGACUCACAACCUACCCGAAAGAAAACCUCUGCAGAACGCCAAGGUUUUACUAUAUUUAGGAGACUCUGUCACCACUGACCAUAUUAGUCCUGCAGGAUCAAUUGGAAGAACAAGUCCUGCUGCUAGAUACUUAGCACAACGAGGUUUAACACCAAAAGAUUUCAAUUCUUAUGGAUCAAGAAGAGGUAAUGAUGACGUAAUGGCCAGAGGAACUUUCGCUAACAUCAGAUUAGUAAAUAAAUUCAUGAGUAAGGCAGGUCCUAGAACUAUAUAUUUACCAACUAACGAAGAGAUGGAUGUAUUUGAUGCUGCCGAAAGGUAUAAGAAGAAUAAUACACCCCUGAUCAUUAUCGCUGGUAAGGACUACGGGUCAGGGUCCAGUAGAGAUUGGGCGGCGAAAGGUCCAUUUUUAUUGGGUGUGAAAGCAGUAAUCGCCGAAUCAUUUGAACGUAUCCAUCGCUCGAACUUGGUAGGCAUGGGUCUCAUACCACUCCAGUUCCUACCGAACCAAGGAGCCGAAUCUUUAGGUCUGACUGGCAAAGAAAACUACAGCUUCGAUUUGCCCAAAGAUAUCAAACCAGGUCAACUCAUCAAAGUAACCACCGACACGGGAAAGGCUUUCGACGUCAUCUUAAGGUUCGACACAGAAGUAGAUUUAUUGUUUUAUCAACACGGAGGAAUUCUAAAUUACAUGGUUAGGAACAUGGUUCGGAAAUCUUAAAAAUAUAUAUACUUCUAUAGCAAUAUAAACUGAAAACUGAACAUGAAAAUCACAGGUACUAAUAAGAAUCAAAGAUAUAUAGACUAAACAAAAUAGGUUUAAAGUAUUUUAUUUUUAAAUUUUAAUAACUUCGGUAAAUAAUCCUUUUUCUCUGUACUUCUUCUAAAGGUGCUACAUCCCAAAUUGGUCAUUGGGCUACUGUAAUUUCUGCCUUCAACAUUGAUGUUCGUACACCACUCAUCUGUAAGUUUUGACUCCAAUAAUAUGUUGAGUGUACGUUGACUUCACUUCACUUGCAUCAUUUCUUUAGCCUCCCUUCUGGUCACACAGUGUAACAAGCUGUUUUGUUGAUUAUCUGUCUUUUGUUAACUUGAAGUAAAAGUUGUAUACUGAAACUGAAACAAAACAAUUGUUAUGUCACUAUUUUGGUAUAUUUCAAUGUUUACUGCAUCUCUUCAUACGUUUGUCGAUACGAACGAUCAUUUUUUUUUAUUAAAAUCCAUCAUUCAAUAUAUUUUAGAACGGUUUUUGUUUCUGUCUACGUACGAUUUAUAUAGAUGAACUUAUUAGUGACUGUAACGGUUUUUGAAAAAGGCAAUAUAUAUCUUUUUAUUAGCGACUUAAUAAAUAUUUUAUUACUUUUUAUACUUUGUUUUUAGUUAAACCUGUAAGGCUUUAGGCAGGUCAAAAUUAUUUGGAUGGAAAAUAAAAUUUUUCAUCUAGUUUCAAUAUUAAUUGAAAGAAAUGUUGCUUAUACCCCAUUCCACGAAUAUACGACCCUCUUGGAUUAUCGCGACAACGAAUAUUUUACUGUGCAAAAUAUGAAGAACGAAAGUAAAUUGCAAAUUAUAUUGUUGUUUAUUGGAGUAAUUAUUAGAGCAAAAUACUUUCGUACUUCUUAUGUUGCACCCUAAAAUAUUCAUUGUCGCGAUAAUGCAAAACAGUCGUAUAUUCGUGGAAUACACUAUAUAUGUUUAUUUAUAAUAAAAUUACUUAAAUAAUAUUUUGGUUGUGCCUAAAUGCUAUGUGACGUACUUUAUAAUAAAAAGUAACUUAAUAUAUGCAAUUGUUUUAUUUUUGGUGGUAAGCUAUUUGGGUUUACAUUUUUAAUAUAUUAAUAUGUUGAAAAAUAUACAAAUUGUUGUUUA